CAGCCUUCCUCCCAUUUUUGCCCAGUGUGCUUUGCGUGUCGCGGCCUUGUUCGCGCCUUUAGCCCGCGGAGCCGCUGCCGCCAUGUCCGACUAUCCCGGAGCGCAGACCGGGAACCGUAAGGACGCUUUUGCUGACGCCGUACAGAGGGCUCGACAGAUAGCGGCAAAAAUUGGAGGUGAAACUACUGCUGGAGUUAAUAACACCCCUGAGUUCAACUUCAGUGGCCAGAAGAGGCAACUUGAGGAUGGAGACCAACCAGAAUGCAAGAAACUGGCAACACAAAGUGAACCAAUUGCACCACCACUUGCCCCAGUUCAUCCUCCUAGAUCAACUUGUACAGAGGAGUACAGAGUGCCAGAUGGGAUGGUGGGACUCAUUAUUGGCCGUGGUGGGGAGCAAAUAAACAAAAUACAGCAGGAUUCUGGUUGUAAAGUACAAAUUUCCCCAGAUAGUGGAGGAAUGCCAGAAAGGAUUGUUUCUUUGACUGGAUCACCCGAUGCUGUGCAGAAAGCAAAGAUGAUGUUAGAUGACAUUGUUUCUAGAGGGCGUGGGGGACCUCCUGGUCAGUUUCAUGACAAUUCAAAUGGUCAGAAUGGAUCUUUACAAGAAAUAAUGAUCCCAGCAGGCAAAGCUGGUUUAAUUAUUGGUAAAGGAGGAGAGACUAUCAAACAGUUACAAGAACGAGCUGGUGUAAAAAUGAUCCUGAUACAAGAUGGCUCUCAGGGAGGGAACGUUGAUAAGCCUCUACGUAUUGUGGGGGAGCCUUUUAAAGUGCAGCAAGCCUGUGAGAUGGUGAUGGAUCUCCUCAGAGAGCGAGACCAGGGAAGUUUUGGAGAGAGAAAUGAUUAUGGCAUGAGAGGAGGCGGUGGAGGAGGUGGCGGUGAAAGAGGUGGUGGUGGCGGUGAAAGAGGAGGAGGCGGUGGUGGUGGAGGCGGAGGAAUAGACGUCCCAGUCCCACGACAUUCAGUUGGGGUAGUAAUUGGACGAAAUGGGGAAAUGAUAAAGAAGAUUCAAAGUGAUGCAGGUGUCAGGAUACAGUUUAAACAAGAUGAUGGGACAGGGCCUGACAAAAUUGCUCAUAUAAUGGGAUCGCCAGACAGGUGUGACCAUGCAGCACGUAUAAUAAGUGAACUUUUACAGAGUUUGCGGCAGGGUGGUCCGCCUGGACCUCCUGGCCCUGGCAUGCCACCAGGAGGCAGAGGAAGGGGACGAGGGCAAGGACCAUGGGGCCCACCUGGUGGUGAAAUGACCUUCUCUAUCCCUACUCACAAAUGUGGCCUAGUGAUUGGGAGAGGUGGAGAAAAUGUGAAGGCAAUAAACCAACAGACUGGGGCUUUUGUGGAGAUUUCACGGCAGCCUCCUCCCAACGGGGACCCAAAUUUCAAACUGUUUAUUAUCCGGGGCAACCCUCAACAAAUUGAUCAUGCCAAACAGCUGAUUGAAGAGAAAAUUGAGGGUCCUCUAUGUCCUAUUGGCCCAGGUCCUCCUGGUCCAGGUCCAGCUGGCCCCAUGGGUCCUUUCAAUCCCGGACCAUACCCUCCUGGCCCCCCAGGGGCACCAACACACCCAGGCCCCCCACCUCCACCACCACCUCAUCAAUAUCCUCCACAGGGGUGGGGCAGCACAUACCCACAAUGGGGACAGCCUCCAACUCAACAUGACCCCACAAAACCUCCAGCCCCCACAGAUCCCAGUGCUGCUUGGGCUGCAUAUUACUCACACUACUACCAGCAGCCCCCGGCUCCUGUCCCAGGACAACCGCCUGCUGUCCCUGUACCCCCACCCCAGGGAGAACCUCCUCAACAGCCUCCACCUGCCAGCCAGCCUGAUUACACAAAGGCAUGGGAGGAAUACUACAAAAAGAUGGAUCUUCAGGAGGGAACAAGAGGACCUCUCGGAUGUGGGACUGAUCAUGCUGUCGUUCAGCUUGCAGGGCAAACAACUCCACAGCCUGCAGGGCAGCCAGAUUAUACAAAAGCAUGGGAAGAAUAUUACAAGAAACAAGCUCAAGUAGCAACCCCAGGAGCUCCUGCAACUGCUGCAGCAGCAGCACCAACUGCUCCACCCACAGCACAGCCGGAUUACAGUGCAGCAUGGGCGGAAUAUUACAGACAGCAGGCAGCAUACUAUGGACAAGCACCAGGAGCUCCACCAACACAGCCCCCGCCGGCACAGCCAGGACCACAGGCCCAGUGAAUGUUAUAUACCCCCUCACUCAUUACCAGUCUGUUAAAGAGGGCCUCUGCUGCUGAUGUCAUUGAGGGGGAGAAGCCGUUUUGAAGAGUCGUCUGGUCGUUUUUUGUUUUUAUUUUUUUUAAGGACCUUUUCUUCCUCUCCCCUUCCCAGUUUUCAUGUAUUAAAAACAAAAAAGCAGCCAAGUGGUGCCUGUUCCAUCAGCUACAGGUUUAGAAAUUUUAGGACUAAUCUCAGAUCAUCCAAAUGCCCCCUCCCCAACAAACACACGGUUUUAUCCGCUGCAACUUUCAGUGAGGAACUUUAUUUUAUUUUUAUUUUUUUUAAGUAA